UCAGAUUUCUGUGCCAGGGACUAGGAGGAGAAGGGGAAGGGAGAGGAAGGGAAGAUUUUUCUGGAGCAGAAUGGAGGGAGCAAGCCCUGAGUGUGGGGGUUCCCCUGAGUCCUUUUAGUGAAUGACCCUGGAAGAGGAGUCGGGGUGGGGAGAGAAUGCAGCCCUCCUCCCCUCAUCCCUUCUUUGCACAGCAGGUCUCCGGGACACAGCCUCCUUAACAGCUCGGAAGUUUGAGUUUAACCCAAAGUGGGGCAUUGAUAAUCCAGUCCUCUCUCUGGCUGAAGACUUCGACCCCUCCGAUCUCCAGCGCCUGCAGCGGCCUCGUUUCUGUCUGCUGAGCAAAGAGGAAGGCAGGAGUUUUGGCUUCCACCUGCAGGAGCUGGGCAGGGCUGGGCCUGUGGUGUGCAGGGUGGACCCAGGCACCUCUGCCCAGUACCAGGGCCUUCGGGAAGGGGACCGGAUCCUGGGGGUGAAUGACCGAGUCGUGGAAUGUGAAGACUACGCUGUGGUGGUUCGCUGCAUCCGGGACAGUGGGCCCCGCGUGCUGCUGACCGUCUUGGCGCAGCACGUGCAUGAUGUCGCUCGAGCUCAGCAGGGGAACAGCGCCCGCCUCUGUCCUCCUCUCGGCCCUGGGGUCCGGCCCCGACUGUGCCACGUAGUGAAAGACGAGGGUGGUUUUGGCUUCAGUGUCUCCUACAGCCAUCAGGGUCCUUUCUGGCUCGUGCUGAGCACUGGAGGAGCAGCCGAGCGGGCAGGGGUGCCCCCUGGGGCCCGGCUGCUGGAAGUGAACGGGGUCAGCGUGGAGAAGUUCACUUAUCACCAGCUCAGCAGGAAGCUUUCACAGAGUGGAGACCAAGUGACCCUGCUGGUGGCAGGGCCAGAGGUGGAGGAACGGUGUCGCCAGCUGGGAAUGCCCCUGGCUGCACCCCUGGCAGAGGGCUGGGCACUGCCCACCAGGCCCCGCCGUCUGCACCUAAAGAAAGGGUCCCAGGGCUUUGGGUUCCUGCUUCGUGAGGAGAAAGGUCUUGAUGGUCGUCCUGGACAGUUCCUGUGGGAGGUGGACCCAGGACUGCCAGCUGAGAAAGCCGGGAUGCAGGCUGGGGACCGGCUGGUAGCUGUGGCUGGGGAAAGUGUGGAGGGGCUGGGCCAUGAGGAGACGGUGGCCAGGAUCCGGGCGCAGGGCUCCUGUGUCUCCCUCAUUGUUGUCGACCCUAAAGCUGACCGCUUCUUCAGCAUGGUUCGCUUAUCCCCACUUCUCUUCUUGGAGAGCACAGAGGCUCCUGCCUCCUCGCAGGAAACCUGCUCGGCCUCUCUGGUUGAAACCAAGGACCUACCAGUUGAAGACACAGCCCUGCCUCUUGUCCCAGGCGGCUCCCGCCAGUGCUCCCUAUACCCUGCGCCCGGCGGUGGCUAUGGCUUCCGACUUAGCUGUGUGGCCAGUGAGCCUCGAAUCUUCAUCUCCCAGGUGACGCUAGGAGGCUCAGCUGCCCAGGCAGGGCUGCAAAUGGGAGACGUGAUUCUGGAGGUGAACGGGUAUCCCAUGGGUGGAGAGAAUGACCUGGAAAAGCUUCAGCAGCUGGCUGUGGCUGAGCCUCCACUUCACCUGAAGCUGGCAGCGAGGUCUUGCCAGGGCUCGGAAGCCUGCAAUCCCCCCGGGUUUGGAGAGGACUGGGCUCCGGUGUCAGAGCUGCUAUAGUCCUCUCCUGCUUGGCACAGACCUGCCCAGUGGCCUCUCCUGCUUGUGAUGGUAGGAGCUGAGAAGCUCCUUUAAGCCAGAAGGGACAGCUCUUUAAGCCAGAAGGGACAGCUCUAGGAUUCUGGGCACCUCCAAUCGCAGGAUUGCCCUGAGUCUCCCUCCCUUCCCUUGGGCCCACCUCCCAGAAGAAGGUGUGUCCAGAGGUCUUAGCCAGCCCCACUAGGGGGCGGUCUGCCCUCUGGUUCCACAGGAAGUCCUAUGGGAGCUUUGGGAGUUGUGUCCCACAGAUGGAGUUCUGCCUGAAACAAGUGGUGUGAUUUAUAAUAAAUUAUACUCUUUCCCGGCACAGAGCUCCUAAAGCCCUUGGAGUUUCCUGAGUAGUAAGAGUGAUCGUCUUUUACUCAUAACAAGCCCUUUUCAACCAAACUUAACUUUGUUAAGGAAGUGACUUUUGGAAAACACCUAAGGAUGGGGGGCUGGUUGCCAGGGAAACCAACCAUGUGAUUAGAUGGCUGGAACUUUCAGCCUACCCCAUCCCCACGCCGGGCCUCUGGGGAGAGGGGAGGUGCUGGAGGUGGAAUGAAUCACCAACCACCAAUGGUGUCAUGGACCAUGACCCCAUAGUAAAUAAAGCCUCCAUGAAAAACCAAAAAGAUGGAACCAAACAGAGAUGCGGGGAGGGUGGCACCCCCAAAGAGGACACAGGCUUCCAUGCUCGUGCCUUGCCCCCAGCAAACCUGCCACCUGGCUCUUCCUGAGUUGUGUCCUUCAUAAUAAACUUGGAAGCUAGUGAGUAAA